CACCCGGUUUAAUUUUUAAACAAAUUACACUGCAUUGUGGGAUAUAUUCAUCAUGGCGUCCGAAGAUGAUUUUGGAGCAUGUAUUGUAAUAAAAGCAAAACAAGACUUGGUGAAAGGCCAUCGUUAUGGACCAUUCAAAGGGACUGUCGGCAUCCUGGAAAAGGACGAUCCACCACCAGCCAACUCCUGGAAGUGUCUGGUGGAGGAGGGUAAAGAGUGGUUUGUAAUUGACUGCACUGAUGCCAGUCUUCCUCAGUGGUUCCGCUUCAUUAAACCAGCAAAGACCGGGGCUGAGAAGACUAUCACUGUGAUUCAACAAGGGAAGAAGUUCUUCCUAGAGGUUACUGAAGAUAUGCCAAUAGGCAAAGAGUUUGCAAUGAUGGGGUUGGUUGUGGAACCCGUCCCUGAAGCAGAACGGGAGGAAGAGCCUCCAAAACGAAAGAGAGGCCGUCCAAAGAAACAGCCCUUAACAGAGGAACAGAAGGCUGCCUUAGCUGAGGCUGCAGAAGCUGCCAAAGAACAGGAGAAACUUAAGGUUGUUGAAAUGCCUACAGAGGUUAUGGGCAGUAGGAGAAGUCGGAAAUGCGUGCUCUGUGGCAAGUCGUUUAAUACAUCAACAUUAUUCAUGUCACACAGACAAACUUGUGGGAUAAAGUUGGAUUAUGCUGACAGGGAAAGAAAUGAUUCAGAAGAUGAAGGUUUGGAUGAUGAGACAAAUAUAGAAAUGCCUGAUGGCAACACCGAAGAAGGUUUCGUCUCAGAAUUUGAAGGCAUAGAUAAUGAAGAGGAUAAUGUAGCAAAUGAGGAAUAUCAAGAAGGAUUGGAAGAAGACUUUGAGGAAGGAGAUGGAGCCCAGCCUCAGCCGCCGCCAGUAUUGGUCAAACGACCGAGGGGACGUCCACGUAAGGAUGGCCGCCCGCCUAUACCUAGGCCGAAGAAGCGGAAGCGCAGGAAGAGGAAAAAGCGAUUAUACUCAGAUGAAGAAGAUGAGGAGUACAAUACAGAUCUACCAAAGAUACCGAAAGAUGAGUGUAUACCUACGGCCGACGAUCCAGAGAAAUAUCCAUUCAACUGUGAAUUAUGUAGUUUAUCGUUCCCUACAGAAUCUUGGAUGACGUAUCAUAGAGAGUUGCAUGCAAAUCCGACACUAACAUACCUGAUAUGUGUCGUAUGUGAUAAAGCUUUUCACUUUCUCACCGAGAUCAAUUCACACCAGGAAGAAUGCCAUCCAGAGCUCAGCAAGCGACAAAGGACAAUGUCAGAGAAGUUCCGCUGCGACAUCUGCAAGAGGGCGUUCCGGUCACCGAUUCAUCUGGAGCGUCAUCGGAGGAGAGCAGCUGAAGAAGAUCCGUUGCCAAAGGGACCAGUGCAAGUAAAGUGUAAAUUUUGUGAGAAAAGCUUUUCUAUGGAACUCGGGCUAGAAAAUCAUACAAUGAGAGUGCACCCAGAGAAGCAAAGGCACCAGUGCACAGAGAAUGACUGUCUGGAUACAUUCAAUACCAAAGAUGAACGGUCAGAGCAUUUAGUGAGUGCCCACCAGUCGCACCCAAAACAGAUCUACAAGUGUCCAGUGGAAAACUGUUUGAAGGCCUACACUACAAUGGCAGCACUUAACUACCAUUACGAGCUCCGACACACAGACAAUAACAAGCCAUUCAGUUGCGAGAUAUGUGGGAAGUCCUGGAUCAAAAUCGGGCGUUUACGAGAACACUUAAAGACACACACGAUGGAGAAGAAUGAACUCUGCGAUAUCUGUGGACGUGCUUUCAAGUCACGGCCAGAACUCAAGGACCAUAAAAUGGACGAGCACUCUGAAAGUGGACGUGAGAAACUUCAGUGCCGAUUCUGUCCCCAGACGUUCAGCAGGAGGAGCUCUCGGUCAUACCAUGAACGCAGGCACAGGAACGACGCCCCCUACAUGUGCCCAAAACCUGGGUGUAACAAACGCUUUAUCGCUGUGAUCGACUUCAAAAGGCAUUUGAUUUUUCAUACAGGAGCGAAGCUGUAUCGUUGUCGUUAUUGUAGCAACUGUUUCACGCGGAGCGAUUACCUAAAAAGUCACGAGAAGAAGCAUCACAGUCGAGGAGAGGUGAUGGAAGUUGCGCCCUCUCUAGAGGAGACAGUCACCAUAAAGGUACCAUGGCCAAUGGAAAAGCCAGUCAAAAUUCAGGGCCAGAAUGUGACAGUGGUAAUAGAGCCAGACCCAACUUUGCUGGAGACACCGUCAUCAACAGCAGAGGCCAUGGCUGCACUAGAAAACAUUCAGAACCAAGUGCAUCAAGACAUCCCUGUACAGAUUGUCACCAGUAGGGGCCAGCAGAUUGUGACAUCUCUCCCACCAGCAACAACAUAUGUGCAAGCGACUCAGAGUUUCCAGUCAGCAACUGGUGAACAGCAGCCUGUCCUCCAGAUCAUGCAGCCUGUAGAUACAUCACUUCUGGAACACAACGAAAACAUCGCCGAGCAAGAUCAAACUGCAGGGCUACAAAUUUCUGGUCCGUCGUCUGCUUCUGACGUUUUACAACAAGCAGCGGUGCAAGCCCAAGUGGCCCUUGAGAGUAAUCUUGCCCAAGCAUCGGCAGAGACCACCAAGCUGUUAUUGCAGGCAGCCAGUGAACAGGAAGAUCUCAUGCGUCAAGAUGGUACGUCAACACAAAUCACCAUCCAAGAUAACGCUGCGAUGGUCCUUCAACAGCUAGCCACCGAAAGUGCACAAGUCGUCUUGCAGCAUGCUGGUGCAGACGGCACCGAGACCCUGAUGCCCGUAUCUAUUGAACAGGCUGAAGAUGGUAGUAUUGUUAUGAUGAAGGUCGUCUCACAAGAUGGCACUGUUUCCUACACCCCCAUCCAACAGAUGGCCGGUGAUGGUAGUACCAUCACCAUGCUUACUAAUGAAAGUAUUAAUCAAGCUGGUCAGAUGGUGCAGAUGGUCACAGAUGGUGAAUUUGAAACAGGCGAACACCAGAUGAUCGCAGUCGGAGAUGGCCAGUACGUAUUAAAAGAUGGAGCAUUCGUCGAACAGAUCAUCACUGAUGGCCAAAUGGUAAAUUCAGGCCCAAAUAUCAUCAGUAAUGGUCAAAUAGUUACCGAUGGUCAGAUUGUAGCAGAGGUUGGAGAAAAUCAGAUGGUCGCAAAAGCUCAUAUAGUCACUGAGGCUGCUGAGAUGGUCUCCAAAGGGCAGAUUGUUAUCGGGGGACAAGUGGUCGAAGGCCAGGUGAAUGAGGAAGGUCAAAUAGUGAUUGACGGUGAGCUGGCUGACAGCCAACUGAUGGUCGAUGGCCAGAUAUUGGGUAAUUCAAAAGUUGAUAGUGUUGCAGUGUCCAUAGAAACAGAUGAAAACAAUGAAAGUAGCAAGGUAGCAACCGCUACAGGUGUUUGAGAAAUCUUCUUGUUUGAAGUUUGUUUGAAAGCUUAAUAAUGAACUAAAAAGCAACAAGAAAUGUGCCUAACUGUUUUACGAGUGGCUUAAGCCCUCCUGUGUGCCGCUAUGGGGAACAACUAUAAUUGCAACCCAUGACCCUGGGGGUGACCCUGGGUUUAUCGAUGUCAGUAAUUAAGCAUAGUUCCUUCUUCCUGUCAAAAAAAAAAGUUGGAAAGCCAUACAGUUUGAAUAUCACUCUAAACCUAAAAAAGACAUGGAAAGCAUUAUUUAUUUCAUGAAUUUGUACGUCUUGAAAAUAUAUCAAAGAAUGUAGUAAGGAAUAUGAAAUUUCCUUUUAUAUAUGAAAAUAUAUAGGUAAAAUUUGGGAUAGCAUUUGAUAUUAAAAACAUUUGUUAAAAUAUAAGUUGUUAGUCUUGUUACACUUAAAAUGAGUGUGUCGAAAAAGAAAAAAGAUUUUUUUUUUAAACAAUUGGUAUGUCAUAUGUCUUUUUCUAACCUUCACCCUAAAACUUAAAUAAAUAUCUCAUUAGUAUUUAAAUGCUAUAAUUUAUAUUUUACUGUAUUUUAUUUAUAUUUUCUCAGUGUGAAACCAUUACAGGCUUUUCAUACAAUAGAACCUAGCAUAGGUCUUAAUUGGCUAGGAUCUAAUUCAUGAUCAACAACCAAUAUAUUGCAGGCAUGGUAUUUAUCAGGCUGAUUCAAAUAAUUGUCAUACUGAUGUAUAGAGGGUGCUGUAACUUUUGUUUGCGAUAUCUGUGCUGGCUGUUAUGUUAUACGCAAGGAUAUUUAAUUGUCAAGAUUAAAUUGUUGGCAACAUUUGAAUUACAAUAUUAUUGACCAAAUAUUUAUUACUAUAAUUGGAUGUUGUAAAUAUAUAGGAUAUAGCAAGUUAUGUCUUCCAUUAAUUUGUGGGGUUUCAUUUGUUUUCUAAUUUAUGUUAUAUCCGAUGUUGGCAGAGAAUAGUGUCAUUGGAAAAUACAGUAAAGUUAUUCCAACAGUACACAUAGAAUUUAAUGAUUCCCUUAUGUUUGUGGGUGUAGCCAUGGAGGAAUAAGUUCUGAACUUAUUCCUCCAUGGUGUUGUUAACUUAAUUUCAAUGUAAUUUGGGUUUGUAGGCUUUUAAUAAUUAAACCAGAGAGUGCAAUGCUCACCCUUAACAAAAGAUCUUAGCAGGCAUCUGUUUGAACUCAAAAGACUGUCCUUGCUAUUCUUUUCAAUAAAGAUAUCAGCAGACAAAUUCAGGAAAUGCAAUAAAAAUUCAAUCAAUUUAUCAAUCAAAAAUAUUUAUGAAGUGUCUAAUCUAAUUUAUUUUUCCUAUUAGGCCAAAAUUUAGUAACUUUCACUAUGAUUGUUUUACCGUAUUCUUCUUCUUAUUAUUAUCAUUAUUAUUAUUAUUAAUAUUAUUAUUAUUGUUGUUGUUAUUAUUAUUGUUAUCAUUAUUAUUAUUAUUCAUUUUUUUUCCCUCAUACAAGUCCUACCUAAGUUACUUGUACUGUAGAAUAUUUCUUCAAAGCUAUACAUUUUGUAUAUACUGUAUGAUUCAAUAUGCUACAGGUAAUUAUUUUCCAUGUGAAUAUAAUGAAUAACCUUUAACCUUUACUGAUGUACAAUUGCAUACAGUUCAGCCUCCAAUUUGAGACUACCUUUGAGACCUGAAAAUAUGGGGUGGUUUUGGGAUUCGGUCUCCAAUUAGAAGGUAGCUUGAGUUAAAAAAUUGAUGAAUAUUAGGUGGUACUUUGAAAAAGUGGUCUCAUGUAAGAGGGCUCUUGAAUUGGAAGGUGAACAUAUACCGCCAACGGUUUUUGCCGCGGCUGAUGUGGUUCCAUGAAAUAUGCAACGCGAUGAGGUGUGCACAGCAGUAUUGUGUUGUCAAGCGUUCACCGAAAUGGACUCGGUGGCAUAUCUUAGAGGGUUCCCCAAAAAUACUCUUCCCCUACAUCCUUCAGUGUCCCCCACCCACAUCGAAAAUGUUCAAAGCAAAAAGUAGUGCUCAAGUAGUCCCCUCAAAUCAUCUUAUUUUGAGAGUCAGUGCCUCUCCCCUAAUCAUUGAGCCCUCAAUUCAGUUUUUGCACCCCCCCCCCCACAUCAGUCGCCCAUUUAACGACUCCUAGAUAUGCCACUGGAUAGACUCGUCUGUGAUGCCGUGUGUUGCUGGACUUAAUUUUAUCAGAGGGUGUGCCACAAACAGUAAAAUAGUGAAAGUUAUAAUGAUUGCUGAUAAUAGCUACCUAUUAUAGAUAGGUUUGUAUUUUUAUAAAUAUGUUGGAAUACUAUUUACAUUUUCUUUCAUUUGAAGUAAUUUAGGAAAGGAGUUUGACAAUGUUACUUGUGUUUAAUUUGACUGUUGCUUGUAGUACACCAUGAUGUAUUUCAACACAGCUACUAAUGUUGUUUUUCCAAUAAAAUAACAUGAUGGCCUAUCUGA